GAGGGAUAUAACUGGGAUUAGGGUUAGGAUUAUGGUUAAUGUUAUGCUCACGAUAAAACUUAGAGUUAUUAUUAGGUUUAGUAUUGGUGUUGGUAUUAUUUUUUGGUUUUAUUAUCCACAUUUUCCAGUUAGUAGUCGUGCAUCUUCUUACUGGAAACCAUAUUAAUUCAACCGAGGGCUUUUGAAGAAGACUGCAAAACGGGAUAAGAGCGAUAAACGGGUCAGAAUAUAAGCUCACCUUCGGUCACCUCGGUGAAUACAUGCAUAGAGACUGGUCUAACUUGAAAGACACCUUGGUUGAUGUGUUUCCAUGUAUUUCCUCGUAAAUAAACGUCAUUUUUCUUGCAAACAUCACUUAUUUUUAUGGAUGGUCGGCUCAAGGUCACUCAUGCGUUCUCACCACUUAGGAUUCUAUUGCCUAACUUUGCCUAAAAUAGUAUUUGAAUAGGUUGAGCAUUAAUGUCUACCCAUCUUUGAGUUACGUUUUCUAGGUCGACAUUUGCCAGCUUGUUUUACUCGUUGCUAAGUCCAUCCUAGGGAUUUCCCCUCCGAUUUCGCACAUUGGUGAACAUAUCUAGCGAAGAUGAAUGUUGACAAAGGAGAGUCUGUUAUUUCAAACGGAUUGCUCAAUGAGUGUAAUAAAUCCAAUUUCGGUGAAACGAAUUUAGUUGGACAAUUAAAUAACAUUCACAUGGACAAUAAGGCAAUGAUGUAUCGCACGUCUAGUUCUUCAUUCACUGAAAACUGUGGAGAUAGCAGUAAUCCCAAUCUCGUCACUGGGCGGAAUUUUCCUCCUGCACAGACUGUGACCGAGGAAGGUUGCUCUACAACUGAGAACACAUGUCAAAAUGCACCACUUACGGGUAGACCUGAAGGUAUUGAAUACAAUGUUUCAUUUCAGUCCACCCAAAGUGAACAACGAGCACUUCAUGAUAUUACCCAGCAAACGAAUUUUUCAGCGGGAAAUAGAUACGGUAUUCGAAGUCCUAAAGAGUCACAGUUUCCACGUGUUUCCGAAUUUCGAAAUGUUGCAGCUGAUGACAACUUAAGUUUCACAAAGAACCAUUCAAGAUUUUCACAGCCCUAUAUAUUAGAAGAUAGACAUGUCUUUGCUGAAAAUGGUCAUUUAAGAAUUUUCCACUCAGAGCCAUACAUUUUAUCAACGAAUCUUCAAUUUAAAAGUGUUCCAGAUCCAUCCAUAAUGAAUAACGAUGUGUCCAACUCACAGAAUAUCGAUGAAAAUAUUAGUGAACCUAACACUUCCCACUACGUAGAAAGUGCUGUGGAAAAUCGACUAAGUGAAAAUGAAUACUUGACUACCAAUUAUGUAGAGGAUGAAGAAACGAAUACAGCCACAACUGCCUUACUUAAUGGUUCUUUGAGGUAUGAUCAGAAUGCUGUCAGCUUGUCAUCCGGUAUUGACUUUAUUGGAUUAACAGAAGGAGGUCACGGUAUUUUAUUAGAUUCAAAUGACGUUUCUCUGAACAGUAUCUAUGGUGAUAAUCUCAUCACUAAAAAUAAUCAGACAAGUUCGUCUCCUUUAAAUAAUUCCAAGGAGAUUCAACAAGGUAAUUAUCGCUUGAUAAUAAAAUCUGAUUUAAACUACUGUACGUUGUAA